GUAUCAAAAUGAUAGAAUCUAACCCGUUCCAAGGACCAGUUCUAUUUUAUUAUUCUUUGAACGACAAAGCCACCUGUAAAAAAACAUUGGGCGAGCUAAUUGAUAACUGGAAAUUGAUAAAAAAUGGCGACGUGUUGGUGAAAAUGUGGGAAGAUUCGCCACAUGUGCAGCACCUUCGGAGUAACCCGGACGACUAUAUCCGAUUCUUUGAUAGUUAUUUUGCGAAGGUUGUUAACUUCCAUGCGAAGAAGGUUGGACUACAAACAUUCGGCCCGAAGAAGAUUGAAGCACUCAUGUACGAAUAGAAGAAUAGCACCGUGUGAUAAUCGGUUACUGAUUUACUGAUAAGUGAGGAGUUGUACACGUGUUGCAUUUACUGUUUGAAUAUGAGCUCAUUUAUGUUCAGGUUAUUACCACAGUCAUUGCUGUUUCUCUUAA